GGCCGGACCGGCCGGCUGUGGAGUGCGGGUCUGUUCUGCGCGCUCUGCCAGCCGAGGCUCCUGCCGCUGUGACCCGCGCUCCGCCCGCCGCCCGGCCGCAGGGACCCUGAUAGCUAAUGUCAGAAGAAAGUGACUCUGUGAGAACCAGCCCCUCUGUGGCCUCACUCUCCGAAAAUGAGCUGCCACCGCCUCCCCCGGAACCUCCCGGCUACGUGUGCUCGCUGACAGAAGACUUGGUCACCAAGGCCAGGGAAGAGCUUCAGGAGAAGCCCGAGUGGAGACUCCGGGAUGUGCAGGCCCUUCGAGACAUGGUGCGGAAGGAGUACCCAUACCUGAGUACAUCGCUGGAUGAUGCCUUCCUGUUGCGCUUUCUGAGGGCCCGAAAGUUUGAUUAUGACCGGGCCCUGCAGCUGCUGGUCAACUACCAUGGCUGCAGGCGGAGCUGGCCAGAGGUCUUCAGCAACCUGAGGCCAUCAGCCCUGAAAGACGUUCUUAACUCUGGAUUCCUCACAGUGCUGCCCCACACAGACCCCAGGGGCUGCCAUGUCCUCUGCAUCCGACCAGACAGAUGGAUACCGAGCAACUACCCGAUCACCGAGAACAUCCGCGCCAUAUACUUGACGUUAGAAAAACUCAUUCAGUCCGAGGAGACCCAGGUGAACGGGGUUGUAAUCCUCGCUGACUACAAGGGAGUGAGCUUAUCAAAGGCGUCUCACUUUGGCCCCUUUAUCGCCAGAAAGGUGAUUGGCAUCCUUCAGGAUGGCUUCCCCAUUCGGAUAAAAGCAGUUCACAUAGUAAACGAACCUCGGAUAUUUAAGGGCAUUUUCGCCAUCAUAAAACCAUUUCUGAAGGAGAAAAUUGCAAACAGGUUCUUCCUCCAUGGGUCUGACCUGAGCUCUCUGCACACGAGCCUUCCAAGGAAUAUCCUCCCCAAAGAGUAUGGGGGCACCGCUGGGGAGCUGGACACUGCCAGCUGGAACGCGGUGCUGCUGGCCUCGGAGGAUGAUUUUGUGAAAGAGUUCUGCCAGCCUGAGUCCGGCUGCGAUGGUCUCCUGGGCCAGCCCCUGCUGCCUGAGGGGCUGAUCUCAGACGCGCAGUGUGACGACUCCAUGCGAGCCAUGAAGUCCCAGCUGUACUCCUGCUAUUAGCCCUCUUCCGGGAGAAUCACCAUGUGUAAUUCCUUCCUUCUUCGAAUGCACAGGCUGAGGAUGCCAGGCCCUCGGUCUUGCUCCAUCCCAGUGCAGCACGGAGCUGCCUGCAGAGAUUUAAGGAGAGCCCAUCACAGGCAGACCUCUGACCAGCCGGGUUAUUCCAAGAAGACAAGGAAAUUGCCCUGGUGAUUCCCAGAUGUCUGUACUCUAAGUCUGCAACUGUUACUCUGGAAGCUGCAUCUGUUUCUUAUGCAUCUUGGAAAGAACUAGGGUCAAAGUCACUCUGAAGUGACCAGGAGAAGACAACUUGAUUGAUCAUGACUCUGAAACAAUUGCCAAUCCUGAAAGGUGGCCAUGCGUGAGACUUUGAGUCUCUUUCCCAUAAACUGUAGGUGUUGACUGCUGCUGCUCAUCUGCAAAGGUCAGGGUUCAGGCCCCAGUUGUCAUUGCUGGGUCUGGGAAGCACUGCUAACUGAGUGGUAGAAACGCCAGGCCCAGGCAGCACUUAAAGGUUAAAGGUCAAAUUUGGAAGCUAAGGCUACAAAUCAUCCUGGGUUCCAGGCUUAAAUCUUGCAAUGGACACUUUCCCCAAACCCAUAAAGCCUUAGCUCUGGUUCUCCAUGGAAUCAUGCAGGUCAACAUAAAACACUGGAUUCUUGGACUGCGUAGCUAAAAGCACUUGGACUAGGAGUCCAGUGUGUGACUAGAUGGAUAGGGGCCUCAGCUUGUCAGCUCUAAGUUAGGCUCCAUGGAAUGAAGGCCUGGGGCCUGCUAAAGUUCUGUUAGGUUUCUGCUUGGAAAGAUGACCACCUGGAGGUGGCCGGGCCUUUUUGGUUUGGUUUGGUUUUGUGUUAUAGACACAAGCCUUAUGUAAAGGAACAUCACCAUUUGGCCCUGCCUUUAAAGAAAUUAGUAUGUUCCUGGGAGUUGGUGGUAACCAACUGCUUUUGCAGAAUGAUGGAUGAACUUGAAAGGGAUGGCUUUUGUGAGGCUGACCAAGUCUUGUACCCGGAUGUUGUACAGAUUCCUCCCACACCGGAGACAUCCGUACUAUAUUAGAAACAGCCACGGA